AUGUCGUGGGACUUGCUUCAGAGAUUCCUUGAAUCCGACGUCUUCAACUCCAACCCCUUUCUCCCCGUCUCAUACCUCUCACCCUACAACAAGCAUCGAUACAAACCUGCUCUCCACGCCGACUAUGUCUCUUCUACAUGGCUUCCGCCGUCUCCGACAUCGCCAAUCGCUAAUGCCACCUGUCGCAACAGCCGCUACGCCGACCACGUGGGGAUUCACUAUGUCCUCUGCCAGAAGCUGCGCCAGUUCCCUUACGAGGACAUCGAGUUCUUUCUGCCGCAGCUAUGUCAUCUUAUAAUCAGCGUGCACAAUGAGUCAAUGGCAUUGGAGGAGUUUUUGUUGGACUUGUGCGAGGAAUCCGUCACAGCUGCGCUGCUGACUUUCUGGCUUUUUCAAACAUACCUUCACGAUCUAUCGUCAAACCCGCAGUCCGACUCCUUCCAGACAUGUCGCCGUGUCUACAACAAGGUCCAGCAUAUUGUGUUUGGACUUGCCGAUGCCGGUCGCCAUGAGAAAAUAACGGAAAACGUCCUUCCAGUCACGGUCCUCUCCAGUUUCGUGCUUGCCAGUGUUGCGCUGCCUAUGUUUCCUCGGUGGGCUGGUCCUCUCGCAGUCGCCCAGGCCCGUAAGCCUCAACCUAUCACCAAUGAAAUUCAGGACCCCAAGGAGAAUUCCAAGCCUACAAGGGCUCGUACGGUCACGACGGGGAAUUCACGAUCGCGACGUGCUCGAGAGAAUACACGCACCUUUAGUGCACCCGACCCCAAAGGAUCCAGAGAACCUUCACCCAAGCCUGCUCGCACCACUCCUCGGCCGCCGUCAGUAAUUAUUCCACCGUCGAGAUCCAAGACCCCCAUUAGCACGACCCGACCAUCUGCUCUUGAGUUGAGAUCACUGGAAGCCAAGCUUAGCACAUCGUCUCUUCCACUUCCGUCUCCUCAGCCACCAACUAGACCGACGACUCCAGUAUCAGCAGGCAACGCGCAACGGUCAGCCGACAACUCUACCAGGAGACAUUCGCAUCACGCCAAGGCGAUUCUUGCUGUCAAUGACCUGUCACCGAUACAGAAGACAAGGCUUCUGAGACAACAUUAUUUCAGGUCGCAAACUCAAUUUCUAACGGCUUUAGAGGGUAUUUCAAACCGAUUGGUUCUGGUGCCCAAGCCCGCUCGUAUGAGUGCGCUCCGAGCAGAGUUAGCAUUGAUAUCGCAAGAUUUGCCUGCCGAGGUUGAUAUCCCGGUCAUUUGCCCCCCGACUUUGGUCAAUGGAUCACCUGGGCAAAGCCGGCAUCAUCGUAUUGUGCGAGUGAACCCUGCUGAGGCGACAGUACUUAACAGCGCUGAAAAGGUUCCUUAUCUGAUCAUGGUGGAGGUCUUGAGGGACGACUUCUCGUUCGAUCCUGAUGUGCCUGAGAAUGACCGACUCCUGAACAGCUUACUCGGGGGCAGCGUUAGAGCAAAGCGCAUAUUUGAUCUUUCAGACUCACCUCGCCUUUCGCCUACAGUUAGGGCACCAGAGCCUGCCUUGGAUAGUGUUUUCGAACCUGCUUCUGGUGAUUUGGGCAGCUCACCACUACUGAAAGGCAUCGACGAGUCACCUGUCAGAGCUACUCCAAAGCCUACGCAGAACCAUAAUAUCCAGCGUCUUCCUAGUGCAAUCACACCCUCUUCCUCAACCUUGGACUUGACGACGCCGCGAUCAUCUGGCACGGGAACCUCGCGAUCGAACAGCCCUGGGCCCAUCUCACGAAGAAUGACUAUGCCUAUACAGCGAAGUGCGCCAGCUGACCAGCCCGACUUUUCUGCCCUGGCCACGCAUAUGCGGACUGCUUCCCAAAUGCUUGCCCAGCUGGAAGCCACUAGCGGAAAGCGACCAAAGCAGGAAGUGGCUGCUAUCAGAGCCAAGAUCAUUGCCAGCAUGCAGAGUCUAGAGGAGAAGAGUUUUGAUGUCGAUGAGCAAGGUCCAACUUUCGACACCAUCAUCGCCAAAUCUAGCACAACCCCGAUUCCUGUCAACAACCCUGAUCUCGAGGAGGAUGUCCAAAUCGACCCAAACCUCAACGCCAGUGCAGGCCGUGAGCGAAUGGAGAACGAUAUCAAGACUGGUGGUGUCCAACGUCGUGGUGAUCGUGAUGACCCUAGUGCGGCCGUCUUUGGAGAGGCCUGGGAAGCCAAAAAGGAGCGAAUUCGCAAGUCAUCACCUUAUGGCUGGAUGAAGAACUGGGAUCUUGUUAGUGUGAUCGUCAAGACAGGAGCAGAUCUUCGACAAGAGGCAUUUGCUUGCCAGCUCAUUGAUGUGUGUCAUAAGAUCUGGGUUGACGCUGGUACUGAUGUCUGGGUUAAACGUAUGCGAAUUCUGGUGACAGGAGAGUCCUCGGGUCUUAUCGAGACUAUUACGAGCGGUGUGUCCCUGCACUCGCUGAAGCGAAGUCUAACGUUAGCUUCUGUUGAGUCUGGACAAAACCCUCGCAACCGCAUCGCGACACUGAGGGACCAUUUCCUUAAGGCUUUUGGAAAACCUGAUAGCAAAGAGUUCAAGGCCGGUGUUGAUGCAUUCAAGAAAUCCUUGGCGGCGUACAGCAUCAUUUCCUACGUCUUACAACUCAAGGAUCGGCAUAACGGUAAUGUCCUGGUGGACAGCGAGGGCCAUAUCAUUCAUAUCGACUUCGGCUUUAUGCUUUCCAACUCUCCUGGAUCAGUUGGGUUUGAAGCUGCUCCAUUCAAACUGACGCAUGAGUAUGUGGAUGUUCUGGGCGGGCCCCUUUCUCCUGAUUUCGAGGACUACAAGAGGAUGUGCAAACAAGCUUUCCAAGCUCUGCGCCGCUCUGCAGACAAUAUCACCGACCUUGUAGCAAUGAUGGGACACGACUCCAACAUGCCUUGCUUUGCAGUUGGUAUUGCACAAGUUACAAAUACUCUCCGGCAGAGAUUCCAGCUUCACCUUAGCGCUGAGGAAGCAGAGCACUUUGUCGAUGAUCUCGUUACAAAAUCGUUCGGUAGCUACUACACUCGACUCUAUGAUACUUUCCAAUAUCGUACGCAGGGUAUAUACUAG